GUUUUAAUACGGACAUUCAAUAAGGUAUAAAAGAAGAAAAAUUUAGCAGAUUGGGCAUAAUUUUCAAACAGUGAACAUGCAGUCUCUUCUUUGUAUUGUGCUUGUUUUGGUUUCUCUCUAUUUAGUGCAAGGUCGAACAUAUGGCUAUCAAAAAAAGAUAAAAAAGGCUCACGUGGUUAAGGUAAAGGAUCCCAUUGGAUUCCCGACAGAUCAAGUACAUAUACCUAAAGAACCUGUUCUGUUACCAAGUAAGAGACUACCUGACUGUGAUGUAGGAUGUACUCUACAGAUAAUACCACCAGAGUGUAUACAAGAAACAUUUGGAUUUGAACAUGGCGUCAGGUGUAGAGGCUGUGAUGUUGAUAUAUGCAACAGAGGAAGGGGAGAUAAUUUAGAUAGAUUGCAGGGCGGUUCCCAGUGGCAAAACGGAGGCAGAACCCAAAAUUUAAAUAGCAGAAUAGGCGGAGGAUUCGUUGAUAGUUUAGGUGGAGGCAGAAACCAAAAUCUAAACAGCCGAAUAGGCGGAGGUUUCCUUGAUAGUUUAGGUGGAGGUAGAAACCAGAAUUCAAACAGCAGAAUAGGCGGACAAUUCGUUGAUAGUUUAGGUGGAGGAAGAAACCAAAAUUUAAACAGCAGAAUAGGCGGAGAAUUCGUUGAUAGCUUAGGUAGUGAUUUCUUUAACGAAGUACAAAACUCGAAUUUAGGUGGUAGAUUUAGAAACAGACAGAAUACUAAUUUUGAAAGUAGAAACAGAUUGGAUAUAAACUCAAAUGACAGAAGAAACCGCUUUGAAACAAACAGACAAGUUGGGAGUGGGUGGUGAUGAUCACGUGGUUACGAUUUGAGUAUUUUGUAACAAACAUUUAGAAAUCCAGAGUAUUUUGUUGUACAAUUUGUAAUGAAAUGACAUAUUUGUAAAUAAUCAAUAAACGGGUAACGAUCUA